AUGUCGGCGGACACUCUUGCGGAGGAGUACGAGGUACUCGAGUCGAUUUACCCCACAGAGCUCUCAAAAACGUCCGAGAGGGACAUACGAAUAGAGGCAGAGCCCGACGAUCUUGAGGAGGGCGAGGACACAAUCAAGCUCGCGCUCAAGGUGCAUUACACCGAUGGCUACCCAGACGAGCUGCCCGACCUUUCUUUCGACGUCUUGGAGGGAGAGCUUACCGAUGAUGAGCUAAAUGGUCUGUUGGACGGAUUGAGAACAGUGGUCAGUUCCAUUGGAAGUACCGGCGAAGAGAACCUAGGACUUGCUAUGGUCUUCACCCUUGUCACGACCUUGCGAGAACGAUUGUCCGAACUCGUGCGAGAGCGCGCUGAGAGGCACAAGGCCGAGGAGCACGAGAAGGAACGGCUAGCAAUCGAGGCCGAAGAAGCGAAGACGCGCGGCACACCCGUCACCGCCGAGAGCUUCAAGGCAUGGAAAGCAAAAUUCGACGCCGAGCUUGCCAUCAAGAAGGCGAAAGCCGAGGAGGAAAAGCUAAAGGCCAUGACGCCGAAGGAGCGCGAAGAGUACAAACGGAUCCAGGGACGACUGAGCGGCAGGCAACUGUUCGAGAAGAACAAGAAUCUGGAGGACGAGUCGCUGGUGGAAGAAGGUGGUAUAUCCGUCGAUAUCAGUCAGUACGAGAGAACAAGGGAAGAGGAGCAGGAGGAAGAGGACCAUGUAACAUUCAGCGACAGCGACUAG